UAUGUAUCCACCACGUCGCGGCGGAUUACCUGCAAGAGGUUAUGUUGGUCGAGAGCCCCAUGCUCCCUUAAGGGCUGGUAAUUCAUGUGCACCUCCGGGAUUUCCGCUUCGUAGCAUCAACGAACUACUACAGGCACCUGCAAGACGUAACCAGCCCACUCUCCAUCCUGAGACUUUGGUCAAAUAUGACAUUAAAAGAGCUUUCACCAAUGAUUUUGAUGGCCCGUGGUGGAAUCUUGGUGAGGUUCCACAAGAGCAGCAAGACAAAUGGUGGUCUGAUUUUGUGACUAAACAACUUCGGAGGAUGAUCUCAAACAACAUCAGCAAGGGAAAGAGACUCAACAAAAAGCCCAGCUUUGUCUCUGUCACCAAUUGGAACUUGAUGUGGCAAUAUUGGGAUUCAGAUAAGGCAAUUCAUAUUAGCACUACAAAUUCAAAAAACCGUAAAUCUGACCGUGGUGGAGAUGGUAUGCAUCAACAUAUUUCUGGUUCAAAAUCAUACGCCAAGGUCAAGUAUGAUAUGAUGAUGGAGCUUGGUGAGGAACCAGCAAUCACCGACUUAGUGCGGAAGACACACAUGAAAAUUGAUAGCACUUUCGUAGACAAACGUGCAAAGAAGAUUGUCGAAGAAGUUGAGUCUAUUGUUGUUUCACACUUUCCCAUUAACGCCGAUGAUAAUGAGGCCGGUAGCCAAGGGUCCAACUCACCUAUUAUACCUCUAAUGCGAGAUGAAGCUUUUUAUUCGAUAGUCAAGGCAUACAAAGGAAGGUUUUUUAGACUUGGAACUGCACAGAUGGGGCAUUAUGAUCCUAUUGAUCCACCAACCGUUGUUCUUCCUCGACAAGCUCGUUAUGAGAGAGAUCUGAUCAAUCUGACUGGAGUUGUCAACCUUAUGAGCCAGCAGCUUAUAGCUUUGUGUGAAGUCAGGGGAGUCAAUAUGACAUCAGUAAUUGGGACCGAGCAGCCACCUGAAGCAGCAGCCCCACACCCAGGCAUCGCUAAC